AUUACACACACACACAUAAAUAUAUAAUAACAAUAACAACAAUGUAUUCUGAAAUUGUAAUAUGGCCGUAGUCGGCAUAUCAAAAUUAAACCCGGUCAAUGAUAACCAUAAAAUUGAAUUAUUAAAAUUAAAAAAAAAAAAACAGAAAACAAAAAAAUCAUGGUGUAUAUUAAAUCUAUCAAUAGUUAAAAUAUAAAAAUCAGUAUUGUUAAUAAAACAAAAUUUUCAUUGUAAAAUAUAAUUAUUUUCUUUUUUUUUUUUUAAUAAAAUAAUUGUGUGUAUAUCUAUAUAUACACAUAUGUAAUAAAUAAAAUAGCAUUAUUAUGUCUUCAAUGUCAUCAAAUAAUAAAUUAAUAAACAAUGAAGUUGAUCAACAGGGUGAUAGUGAUCCAGAUGAUUCAUCAUAUGAUGAUAGUGAUCCACUUAAAUCAGAAUUAAAAAAUAUACAAAGUGUUAUAAAUGUAACACGUCAAAAUAUUGAUGCAUUAAAUAAUAAAUUUGUAUCAUCAUAUCAACCAAAUCCAUCAUCAAUAUAUUUAAUUGAAUAUAAUGAAUUAACAACAAAAUUACAUGAAUUAGAAUGUAAAGAACAAAAAUUAAAUGCAUUACUUAAUUGUCCAAGAACACCACUUAAAACAUUAUUACGUGCACAUUUACCAAAUCAACAAAGAACAAGUGUACAAGUACGAGAGGGUAUGGCACUACGUGAUGCACUUGCAAGAGCUAUGAAACUACGUAAUUUAACAACUGAAAUGUGUGUUGUUUAUACUGUUCGUAAUGACAAUUCAAAAUGUCCAAUACAAUGGGAUACAGAUAUAUCACUGCUUGAAUGUGAUGAAAUAUCAGUUGAAAUAUCAGAUAAAUUUCCAAUAACAACAUCAAUAUCACAUAAUUUUGUUAGAAAAACAUUUUUUUCAUUAUCAUUUUGUGAAUGUUGUAGAAAAUUAUUAUUUCAAGGUUUUUAUUGUCGUACAUGUAACUAUAGAUUUCAUCAAAGAUGUGCUGGUGGUGUACCAGCAUUAUGUCAUCAAGUUAGAUUACAAGAUGCAUAUUAUAAAGCAUUAUUAGCACAUAAUCCAGAAACAUCAGCUGGUAUAUUAGAAUUACCAAGUGCAUAUGGUUUAAGUAGUAGAAGUAUGUCACCAUCAUUAGUAUCACAUACACGUAAUAAUAAUAAUAAUAAUCAACAUCAUUCACAUUCACAUCAUUCUCAUCAUCAUCAUCAUCAACAUCAUCAACAACAACAACAAAGACAUCCACGUACACUUGGACAACAUGAUAGAUCAAGUUCAGCACCAAAUGUUUGUUUUAAUAUGGUUAAUAAACAACAAUUAGGUGAACAAUUAACAACAAUUGAUGAUUAUAAUAAAACACAAAAUUCAAAUCGUACAAUUGGUAUAAUACAAAGUCCAAUAUCACCUGGUAAUAGUCCAACAAAACAUAGUCAAUCAACACAAGCAAGUCCAACAUCAACAUUAAGACCAAAAAGACCAAGAGCAAGAUCAGCUGAUGAAUCAUCAAAAAAUUUAUUAGCACCACGUGAAUCAAUUGAAGAUUGGGAAAUACCAGCUGAUGAAAUAUUAGUUGGACCAAGAAUUGGUUCUGGUUCAUUUGGUACUGUUUAUAAAGCACAUUGGCAUGGACCAGUUGCUGUUAAAACAUUAAAUGUUAAAAUACCAACAACAGCACAAUUACAAGCAUUUAAAAAUGAAGUUGCUGUAUUACGUAAAACACGUCAUGUUAAUAUAUUAUUAUUUAUGGGUUGUGUUAGUAAACCACAAUUAGCUAUUGUAACACAAUGGUGUGAGGGUUCAUCAUUAUAUAAACAUUUACAUGUAUUUGAAUCAAAAUUUGAAUUAUUAACACUUAUUGAAAUUGGUAGACAAACAGCACAAGGAAUGGAUUAUUUACAUGCUAAAAAUAUUAUACAUAGAGAUUUAAAAAGUAAUAAUAUAUUUCUUCAUGAUGAUUUAACUGUUAAAAUUGGUGAUUUUGGAUUGGCAACAGCUAAAACAAGAUGGUCUGGUUCACAACAAUUUCAUCAACCAACUGGUUCAAUAUUAUGGAUGGCACCAGAAGUUAUUAGAAUGCAAGAAGAAAAUCCAUAUAGUUUUCAAUCAGAUGUUUAUGCAUUUGGUGUUGUAUCAUUUGAACUAUUAGCUGGACAAUUACCAUAUUCAAAUAUUAAUAAUAAAGAUCAAAUAUUAUUUAUGGUUGGACGUGGUCGUUUACGUCCUGAUUUAAAUAAAUUAAGAUCAGAUACACCAAAAGCAUUAGAAAGAUUAACUGAAAAUUGUAUUAAAUUUUCAAGAGAUGAUAGACCAAUAUUUCGUCAAAUACUUGCUAGUCUUGAGGGACUUAUACGUGGUUUACCUAAAAUAACAAGAUCAGCAUCAGAACCAAAUUUAAAUCGUACACAAUUACAAUCAGAUGAUUUUCUUUAUGCUUGUGCAUCACCAAAAACACCAGUUAAUUUUCAAUUUGGUGCAUUUCCAUUUUAUCCAACUGGUGGUAAUAUUUAAACAAGUGCCUCAAAUGAAAUUAAAUUUGGAAUUAAUGCAAAAACCAUGGAUGCAAUGGCAUGAAAGAAAUGGUACAGUUGAUGAAAACAAUUCAUGAUACAAGUACAAUUGUUGAUUGUUGUUGCUUGUGCCAUCAUACACAUCAACUUUUAGUGAUGAUAAUAAGUACCAUGAUUUAAAACAAUCAUCAUCAAAAGCUUUCCAGUGUGUUGAACGUAUUCGUGAAUCACUUAAGUUUGCAUUUCGAUUGGUAGUAAUAGUAAUGUCAAUCAAUUUCGAAAUGCAAGUGCGAUUGUUGAGGUAAUAAGCCACUUGAAGGUUGUACUAUUUAAUCAGCAUUUCUAGCAAGAAUAUGCCUGUCACCACAUGAUUUGAUAAAUCAUCUGUAAGUGUGACUGAUUUAAUAAAUUUCGUUGUAUCUAGAUUUCGAUAUAGUUCAUCGUGAAAUAAUUAAUUGUUGAUUCAAACAAUUAAAUUUAAUUAAUUUACCACGUGCCGAUUUUAAUGAAAGCCUUUUGUCGUGCUGAAUCGUU